AUGUCAUCAUCGGAACAACGUCCAGUUUCCAUCGUGACUGGAUCAUCGAGAGGAAUUGGAUUCGAGAUUGGCAAACAAUUGGCUCUUCAUCAUGGUCAUGCUGUGGUUCUCACAGGAUCCAAUUUGGAAAAGUUGAAACAAGCUCAUGAUGAAAUUUCCAAAGAAGGAGGUGUUUGUUCGUAUGUUUGUGUGGAUUUAUCCAAACCAUUCAGUGAGAAGAAUCCUUCUCAUCCGCCUGCCUAUGAUAUUUUUCAACACACCCUACAACAUCAUUCCAAAAUUGAUCAUUUAAUUUGCAAUGCUGCCGUUUUAGGAGCCAUUGAAAAAAUUUCUGAUUUUUCCACUGAACAAUUGACUCACGAACUUUAUCAAUCGUAUCAAGUCAAUAUUCUAAGUGUCAUGCAACUUUGUCAUUACUGCCUACCAGAAUUGAGAAAAUCAGCAGCCAUGAGAGAACCACGCAGAGGUGGAAAUAUUCUUCUCGUAAGCACUGGAUUAGCUGUUAAGGCAUUUGAGGGAACUGCCAUGUAUGGAACUACCAAAGCAGCACUCAAUCAUUUUGCAACGUAUUUGGAUUGUGAAGAAAAAUUAUAUGCGGAACGAACUUUUUCUGAUGAACCACAACAACGACGUGUGAAAAUUGUGGCCAUUCAACCUGGAAUGGUGGACACGGAUAUGCAACGAGAUGUUCGUGAAAGCGGUAAAAACAAGAUGAAUGAAUAUGGAAUAUUUGUUUCAGUGUAUGAAAAGGGACAAUUGGAAAGUGCUGAAAAAAUUGGAAAGAUUUUGAGUUGUGUCGUGAAUGAUAUGAAAGUGGAAUGGAGUGGAACAUUCAAGUCGUAUCAACAUGAAGAUGUUCUUGAGCUUUAUAAGAAGAGUUAUGGUGUUUUGUGA